AUGUCUGCUCAACAUAUACACAAAAUGAUUCGUGCCCUCUCUGAUGCUGUAACCGAUACUUCAUUCAUACCACCCGAUGACAACUACACUUCGUCAGACCCAAGCGACAUCCCCAACUUUAAUCCUCCCACUGGCGAUCCCUCCGACCCUUCUUCCUCCGACUCUUUUCCCACUUUUUCUAAUGAUUCCUUCUCUCUCUCCGAUUACGAUAAAUUGGUCUACCAAGCAGAUGUUGUCUAUAACUUGAACAAUUGGCUCAGCGUAGUCAGCAUCGUCGGAGGAUUAAUAGUCUUGAUAGUUAUGAUAUCAAUAUGGCUAUACGACAGGAAAUUGGUUAACAGGGUGUCUCUCAGGCUGACUGCUGUGAUAUCGUUUGUCGAUAUUUUGGCUGCAAUCUCGGUUAUUGCGUAUACGCGAGUUUCAGGAGAAGAUAACAUUGGAUGCAUGAUUCUUGGAUGGACUUUGUCAUUUUUACCCCAAUGUUAUUUAUUUUUGACUGUAAUGAUUGCAUUCAAUUUACAGCUCGUGUUCCUCCACAGACGUAAAGUUGCUUCUUUUUCUGAUAAAUGGUAUAUUCCAGCCGCCAUAUUCAUCGCCUUCAUCAUAAAUCUCCCACCUGCCAUAUUCCACGUCUUCGGCUAUGAGUCCACUUUCAGUACCUGCCUCUACCGCACAGACGAGUUCUCACCCAAAGCUAUUCUCUAUUGGAAGCUCUUCACCUUCAUAAUCCCUUGCGCUGUCACAAUGAUAUACUGUACUGUAAUAUUAUCGAUAAUUGUCUUUAAAAUAAAGUUUGUCAACAAAAAGAUAGCGUCAAUUGGAGGUGGAACUUCGUCGAGAAGGAGCGAGAAAGAAAGACAAAAGGAGAUACUAGUGUUAAAGCUAGUCAGUCGCAUUACACUGUAUGCCGUUGUUCCUCUAAUUACGGUUGGAGGAAUUGUGGUAACUUAUAUUUUUGACGUGGUUGCGCCAGAGACGCCAUUCGGGGUUGUUGUCUGGAGUGUUGUUGGCAGUUCUUUACCUGGCUUUUUCAACUGCCUCGCUUUCCUCUUUGAUCCAGCAAUCCACAACGCACUACGCAAAAUCAAAAAAGAUCUCAUUUCCAAAUACGGCCCCAGCUCACCAUUCUCUCCUCCAAUGUCACCGUUAUCACCACUGACAGCAUUCUCACCCACCAUAAUAAUCUCAUCUAAUAAUUCAAGCAAGUUAUCAUCAACUCACCGUGGAUCUUACAUAAAUGCUAUGCGCCCAAAUGUCAAAGAUCUCAAGAGCGGGAACAUGAGACUAUCGUUGAAUCCUGUGGGAAUGACAAAGUUAGAACAAAGGUUAACAAGGAUCGAAAUGGAACGAAGAGAGAAUAGAAGUAAAUUUAUGGUUUGGUUUGUUAGUACCUUUCUCAUUGGAAAAGGUUCAGAUCAUCAAAGAACCGAGAUAGGCAGUAAUGGCGCAAAUUCUGGAAAAGACACUUCCCAACAACAUCAGCAGGGUGCUACUAGUCAGAACACUUACAUCCCUACAAGUGUCGCAUCUCCCACAAAGAAAGAGAACAAAAGCGGUGCAUCUAUAGAAGUUACUGUUUCAAGGACGCCAGAGCCUGAGCCUCAACACAAGAUUGUCGACAUGUAUAGCGAUGAUGAAAAUGAUAACAAAGCGUAUGAUGAUUACGCAAAUGCAUACAAUAAUCUUGACUGUGUCGAUGCGUGUGCUAGUUAUUCAUCCUCUAUCGGUCAAUAUUCAGACACUUUGGCGCCGUCAUUCACGUCCUUUUCGUCUUCGCCAUUCCGGGCAAGUGUCUCGACUUUCGCGACCGGCCCGAAGGAUCCAGACGAGAUUGAGAUUGAGAAACUGUAG